CAAACAUGUUGAAUUAGACGAAAUGGAUAUGAAAUAGCCCCAUUCACGAUUGAUUAUAGAGCGAAAGGGCUUCGAAUCGAGCUGGAACCAGACAAAUUCCACAAUAAUUAGGGUAAAAUUGCUCAUAAUUUAAUCCACGGAGACGAUGCGGCGGCAGGGCGGGCACUACGGCGGCGAGUCCGGCGGCGGAGGAGGAGGAUACGGUAGCGGCGGCUCUCAAUCGCAUCAGAACAGCAAGUCAGGGUAUUACCAGGGGCGACACGAAGAGCAGCAGCAGCAGCAACAGCAGUCUGGGGACAAGGAAGGAGCUCAGCAUAACAAUCAAUGGCGGUGGGAAAGAGAUGGCCCCGAAGCUAAAUUGCCGCAAGCUUCUAUGUCUCCCACUGCGCCUUUCUCCGAAGGUCAAGGGCGUGAUGCUCCCCGAUCCUAUUACCAGAACCAGAGGAUGGAUCCCCGCAUGCCAGUGGAGAGACAGGGUGGAGGAGAUCCUAGAUCUCAGUCCCAUGAAGAGGAUAUGGAUAUAGGCUAUGAAGAUAAUCGUAUGCCGCCGACUUUGGAAGGCCUUGAACAGAGAUUUGUGGAUGAUAUCAUGAAACUGAGCAAAGAACAAACUGAUGCAGAGGAUGCUGAAAAUGCUAGGCAUAGGGAGAGAAUAAACGCAAUCAAUGUCAAAUACGAAGAGCAGUUAUUCGCCCUCCGAGCCAAGCACGUCGGCUGGAGAGACGAGUUUCUCCGGAGAGAAUCUCAAGCAAGGCACCAGCAAUACCAACAAAUCGUCAUGGAUCAGUAUCCCGCCAGUGGAGCUGGUGGCCCUAGUACCGACCCUCGAGGUGCCAACGCAGGAUCGGGUGGCGAAUCACACCGCUCUUACAACUCAGACUCGUACGACUCUUACAGAGAACGGGGGCCCCGAUACCCUGCCAAUGCUAGGGAUCACGGAUACGAGGCUAAAGCUCCGUACCCAAGGGGGCGCGCCUACGAGUCUGCCUCCCGUUAUUACUGAGUAGGUGUUUCCCGAACCGGCAUAGCUUUGUAUUGGUAGUUGAGCUACUGAAAUCUGGAAUGACUUGCCACUUUCAUAUUUUGGUGGAUCUGAUCAUUUUACACUAUGUGGCUCUGUGUUAGACUUUUGUGUUCAUACUUUUUUUCUUCUUUUAGUACCAGAAUACACACAAUAUAUUUCCUAUUUUUCGGGAAAAGUAAAUAAGUAUUAAUCAAAUUGUUUGAAUA